CAUACACAUUCCGCCUCGUAAUCGUGUCCUUUUCCAUCGCCUCUUAAGUCUUAUCUACAAAAAUCUACACCAGAAAUUGUCGAUUCCAACUUCUUCACGUCUCUCUCUCUCUCGGGAAAAUCUACAAAAAUCUCUCAACCAUUUUUUCUUGAUUCUGUAAACACUGGCUAUGGCGCCUCCGCCCCCUUCGAAUUCUCUAACAUUCUCUCAUAAUCACGAGAAGCACCACUCAAAUCAUGAUGAUCAUUAUCACCUGGAAAGACUACUGGAAUCAGCCCGUCCCUUCCUGCGCGGCGAGCUCGAAGCGGUUGAUGAGAACUUGCCACGCCUUGUAUCGGUGCUGCGAGCGGCGGGGGGGGGGGCGGGGCCGCACAAGCACGGUAGCUUCCUCGACCACCUCCUCGGUGUCUACCGCAUACUCAAAAUGUGGAAGGCACCCGACGCAGUCUGCCUCUGCGGGCUCUUCCACUCUGCCUACUCCAAUUCCUACGUCAAUCUCGCCAUAUUCCCACCUUCUUCCGCCGGCCGCGACACUGUUUGCGCCUACGUCGGGCCUGCCGCAGAGCGGUUGGUUCACCUCUUCUGCAUUGUUCCCCGGCAGCCCCUCAUUCAUGACUUUCUCCUCUUUCAGUACACAGAUGCAGAGCUCAUCGAGCACCUCCGUUCAUCCGAGAUUAGUGUUAAUAAGAUUAGAGAAGGAGAACAGGAAGAAGAAGAGGGCUGGAGGGUGAAACUCCAGUCAAUUUGUCCCGCAGAAGGGAUAAAAGUGAAGCACAUCAAGACCGGCGAAGAUGUGCUGGUUUCAAGGAGGCUUGUCGCCGUUUUUCUUCUCAUGACAAUGGCGGAUUUCAGUGAUCAGCUCUUCAGCUUUCAGGAUGUCUUGUUCGAGAACUCCAACGGGCGGCUCGAGUUUUCCGGGAAUGCUACUCUGACAUCUCUGUGGCCUGGAGAUGGCAAGCCGGGGCUUUGGAUGAACUCCAUAUCAAGAAUGGCUGCAAUAUACACUUUGAUAGUCAGAGAAGAAGAGAUAUUCAGAUCAAUAGAAAUGAAGAAUGGUAGGGUGCUGCCAGCAGAUAGAGAUGAAGACUUGGAGCUGGUAAUUCCGCCAGUCCUGGAGGGCUGCACCAAAGUCCUUGAUUCUAAGGAUCAGAUUGUGGCAAGGGAUUUGUACUGGGAAGCCGUCUGCAACACGGCGGAGAUGGGAUUGGAGAGGGCGGAGGAGAUGUUGCUGAGGAGUGUGGAGAAGAACCCAUUCGUUGGGGAGGCUCAUGUGGUGUUGGGUCAGAUUUAUUUGGGGAAAGGGAGCUUUGAAGCGGCGGAGAAGGCGGCAGAAAGAGGGCUGAGAUUGAUGCUGGAGUGGGGGAGCCCAUGGGAUAAGAGGAUGUCAUGGCAGGGUUGGAUUGCUUGGGCUAGGGUGUUGCUGAUGAAGGCCAAGGAGAGGUCUUGGCCGCAGAAUUCGUGGGGUAUUCUCAACUUGGGACUCGUUAGAUAAACUGUGUGCGAAAAUUUCUGCUUUUAGACCAUGAAAUUAAAAUCCCUGUAAUUUCCUCUGCAUCUAUAUAUAAAGUGAAAUAAAAUAUGCCAUAUGAAUUACAAUAAGAAAUUCAAUCUGAAAUUAUAGUAUUUUUCACUGAA